AUGCCGCCGAAGCAGAAACCUAAGAUCGAUGUGGAGUCGGAGAAAGAAGCAUGGGGUGGGCCGACACCGAAGGAACUAGCUACGGAGCCGGGAUGGCUGAAUAAAGUCGCCGGCGAAGUUGCUGAAAUUAAAGAAAGGGAGUUCCAGAAACGCUCACAAAGGUAUGAUCCUUACUCAUUUCUCGACAAGAUGGCAAUGCCUUUUGAUACAAUACCCAGACCAGAUGAUUUCAAGAAAGGACUUCCAGCUGACGAAUCGGGUGAGGGUGAUGGCAAGAAACCCAUGCCUCAUUGCAAAGCCUGUACAGAUUUCAAAACAUGGAUGGAACUGACGGCACAUCCCAGACGAAGUAUGACCAAGGAGGAGCGAGAAGAGAAAGAGUGUCCUCUAGAUUCAGAACUGCUUGGCCGCAACACAUGGGCAUUUCUGCACACGAUGGCAGCCUACUACCCAGAGAAGCCAUCAGCAGAGCAGCAGGGCAACAUGAAAAAAUUCAUCACACUUCUGUCACAUUUCUACCCCUGCCACAAAUGUGCAUCCCAUCUCCGUGAAGACUUGAAGACCAACAUACCAGAUGUCAGCAGCAACGUGAAGUUAUCUCAGUGGUUUUGUAACCUCCACAACGGUGUCAACACAAGGCUGGGGAAAACUGAGUUUGACUGCUCUAAGGUUCUGGAGCGGUGGAGAGAUGGUUGGGCAGAUGGUUCUUGUGAUUGA